AUGGUUGUCUUCAUGCAUCCCCUCUCGGACGAGAAAAUCGAAACUUUCGAGAAUGUGGUUCUCGGACAAGCCUAUCGGUUUACCAACCGAGCUUUGAUCCGUGAGGCUCUUGAAGCCCCUAAUGCUCUCAACCCGAACGGUCCAAAGACCCUCGCAAUGGUUGGCGAUGCGGAACACCGUCUCUAUUUUGUUGUUCAAGGCCGAGAGAGGAACAGACUUCCAGGGCAUAUUCAGAACGUCAUCACCAAUGUGGCCUCCAAUGACAACCUGUAUGCCCAGGGCCUUGCCCUGGGACUUGAAUCUUUCAUCGUGAAGAACCCGGCCCAGUGGGACUUACCGGUCGGAAGGAAGACCAUGGCUACCACCAUGGAAGCCAUAAUUGGCGCAGUUUAUUAUGAUUCCGGCAAGAACCGUGAUGCCACCGAAAGGGUUAUCACUGCCCUCGGCCUCGCCUGGCCCGAGUGA